AUGAUUAUUAAAAUUUUAUUAUUAAUUAUUUCAAUUUCAUUAUUUUUAAAUAUUUCAAUUGGAAUUGAUGAAAAUCAAAUUUGGAAAUCAUGUGGUACACCUCAAGAUAUUUUUCACAUCAAUUCAAUUGUAGUUAAACCAACACCACCAGUUAAAGGAAAAUUAGUAAAAGUUAAUGUUAAUGGUACUUUCAUUAAAGAUGUCGUUGCUGGUGAAGCUAAAAUCAUUGCAAAGUAUAAUAAUAUUAUGACAUUGUAUAAUGAAACCAACGAUUUAUGUUCACCAACUGCUCAAGCUAUCAUUGGAAAUUGUCCAUUUAAAAAAGGUCCAACCUAUUUACAUUCUGCAAAUUUCACAAUUCCAGCUUCUGCUCCAAAUGGUUAUUAUAGUGGUAAUAUCUUAUUAACUGAUAAUUUUAAUAAUACAAUCACUUGCAUUAAUGUUGCUUUUAAUUUACAAUAA